AUGAAUAACACUCGGAAAGAUGUUCCUUCAUAUUUUGAUCUUCCCCUCCGGAGGCGGACUCCAUCGUCAGAAGCGAGUACCUCCAUCUCUCCCAGUACUGCCGUCAGUAACAUUCGUCGCACCCCCCGUCGGCCACCACUGGUCCAGGAAAGCCAUCGCACGCAGUCGGAUUUUGGUGCUGUCCUCAAACGAAAUCGUGUCCAGGUUAUAGACGAACUUCUUCCCGCCGAAAUCGAACCCCGUCCAGCGUCUGCGCCUCAGCCUGAAAUGUUCCGAUCCGAGGAAGGGCACGAACAAAGCGGGACUGAAGGUUAUCUCGAAUGCGAGCUUCAGGCAUGCCGAAGAGGACCUCAUUCAAUCUCUGGUACUUCAUCUUCGGAUGCUGGCUUUCAAAUCCCAAAGGAGAGCCGUUCUAUUUCUCUGCGACGACCGCACUGGAUAAGGACUUCCUCGGGCAACGCUUGGCUUCACCAGAAGACGUCUUCCUCCUUCGAGACAGAUGGCACGAACAAUUCCCUACGAAAGACACCCGAGACGCCUACACUCACAAUACGUACCGAGCAAACACCUUUGAAACCACCAGUACCACAAAGGGUGGCCUCUAGCCAAAGGCAAAGGUCCUCCAUUGUCGUCGAGACCCCAUUCUCCGAGCAGAAUCAGAACGCACAGGGGACAGGAAUCAUCUCAGAACCUACCGUCGAUUCAUCAUCUCGCAAAAGCUCAUUGAAUCCUAGACGUCUCUUCUCAGCUCCACUGCAAUUAGUCCAGAAAAUCAUUCAUACGAGAGGGCAGGAUAAACAAACCCAGACUCCUUUUGAGUCACCUUCUCCUAUCAGCAGACAUUCUACACGACUUGAAGAUCACGCGACCACGAUGAAGAUGCAUUAUACUUCUAAUACUCUCAAGCGGGUCAGUGCUGUCCUCCAUGAUCUGGCCAAGCAAAGCACAAAAGUCAAUCAAUCUAAUUCGUCGGAAGGACCAAGUCCACUGUUGAAACCUCUAAGGAGCAGAACUCUUUCAGACAAGUCAGCGACACAGAAGGCACGGAGAAGUCCACGGACAACACAAGGGAUUGUUUCUCAGUCUACGAUAUAUCAGCAGCAAAAGAGUAUCGAGCACUUUCCUGAUUUCGCGUCUGAUACUUCAAGUCAACUCAAUCUGCGAAUGGGUAUUCAGCCGACCAAUACACCAGAAGAACAGGCCACAUACAAAGUCAAGAGAAGGGCAAGUGCAGAGACCGAGGAGUUUAUGAAGAUAGACAUCAGUGUCCGAGGCAAGACCAGCUAUUUGCCAAGCGAAGCACGACGUAUUCAUACACCUCCUCUCCCCGAAGAAGGUGCUGACGGAAGAUGGAGAGGGUUCUUCUUCGACUACAACGCACCUCAAUCCACCCCCUACCUCCCAAUGUCUGGGCAUAUAACUAACGGAAGCGAAAGUUCAGCGACCAACGAGGGUGAAGGUCUCAGCAGAACAUCGUCACUUCCCAAGGGUCUGGGAAGGACCAAGAGCAACCGGAUCAAAAGGGUGGUGAGCGGCGACUGGUUCGAUGUCAAACUUCAACAGGUUGAUGUUGGACAAGACCCUUCACGCAUCAUCGAGCCUAAAUGUGGCGAAAAGAGACUGAACUCGCCUGGUCUGUUCAAGGCGUCUUUUCAAGGCCACGAUGAAAAACACUGUGACGUUACCAUACCGGAACACUUACCCAGCAGCCCAUUGUGUCCAAGGCAUCCAAGAUAUUGGCGAGUCGUGAAGAAUAAGGGUAGCCACUUCCGGGGGUGUUAG